AUGCUGAUCAACAAAGAAACCAUUCCGUACAGGAUGGGUCUGCAGCCCUUCUACUACUACCAGUCGUCGCCCCCGGUACCGAAUGAGCGGCUAGGAAGUGCCUACCAUCCCAUUACGCCACCGUACUAUCACCCGUACGACUUCAUCCUGCCGAUGCAAUCGCCCCCAAGUUCGAGGGCUGCGGCUGCGGUUGCAGCGGUAGCAGCCGCCGCCGGUGUCCCGGUACCCACCGAUCCGAUCCGACUCCGGUCACCGGCAUCGUCGGCCGCCUCGUCGCCCUCCUCGGCGUCGGCUUCGCCACUGUACUUUUACAUGAACGGGCGCACAGCCGGUAGCGCCCCGAACAACGGUACCGCCACCGGUGCCGCCACUACCUCCGGCAAGGAUCAGCUGGCGGCAGGACCGCUGUCACCACCGCAUACGCCGCCUCUGCGCGAUCGUACACCGAGUCCCACCGGUACCGGUCGGUACGGGCUCUCGACGCUGGGUGAUUUGGCGCUCGGUUCCGGUACCAACACCACCGCACCGCGCAAUUCCGUCAUUAUGAAGGUGCAGAAUCAGCAGGUGGUUCCGAUACAGCGCGAAACCGAUGCCAGCUCACCGUCCGAGACGGAAACGGUCGAGGAGUUUAUCUGCCGCUGGGAAAACUGUUACUGUGUGUUCUUCAAGCUGGAGGAUUUAGCAAGUCACGUUACACAGAAGCACGCGGUCAUUGGGCUGGAUGGUUUGUAUUACUGCCGCUGGGAGCGCUGCCUGCGCCAGGACCGUGGGUUUAACGCGCGCUACAAGAUGCUCGUGCACGUGCGCACACACACCAAGGAGAAACCGCACCAGUGCGGCAAGUGUGGCAAAUGUUUUUCACGCGCGGAAAACCUGAAGAUCCAUCUGCGGUCCCACUCGGGCGAAAAGCCGUACGUUUGCCCGGUGGAGGGAUUUAACAAAGCUUACUCGAACUCGUCGGAUCGGUUUAAGCAUACGCGAACGCACUCGAACGACAAACCGUACGUUUGCAAGGUGCCGGGAUGUAACAAGCGUUACACCGAUCCCUCCUCAUUGCGCAAGCACGUGAAAACGUUCAAGCACACCAGCAACCAGAGCCGUUCGCCCCUGCUGUCGGAUGUGUACUGCAUGGAGUACGAAAGCUUCUCGCAGGACAGCACCCAUUCGGAUGCGGCUGGCUCGUAUCCGGACUACGAUUCCGAGGACAAUGGCGCACUGAUCGAUGUGGUCCGGUGCGAUGAGGAGGCACGGCUCUAUCCGGAGUAUUCGUAUCACCGAUUGGAGACCUGCGAACAUCCGGGCUGUCAGGAGUCGGUGAACAGUUCGCACGGUGGAAAUUAUUGGAACCGCGAUCAACCGAACGAUCGACGCGUGCUGGACGUGCCGGAGCCACGAACCGAGGGCGCGAUGAUGGAACCGCAUCCCGUACCAUGGGACGGUCCGGUGCUGGGAGGGGUCCCGAUUGAAGAUGACGAAUUGUACAGGACCGUGGGUGAGCAUUCCGGGCACCCGAAGGUGCCCCGUAUGCUCAAGAUGGACGUGGACAGUCCGCUCGAUCUCAGUAUACAUCACCGAUGA